AUGUCUUUAUCAGACACUAAGGACAAUUUACAAGAGGUCUUUUUCCAGCCAGAAAUUAGCUAUACAGAGUGUACAGGAAGAAGUAUUUCAGAAAAACAUUAUGAUGAAAAAAAAAGAAAACUUAACACAGAACAGGAAGAAUUAGAGAUAAGAGAAACAAAAACAGACCGUAAACCUAAGAGAAAAGUUGCUUGUUUAAUUGGAUAUUGUGGGACGGGAUAUCAUGGGCUGCAAUUAAAUGAUCCUAGCCGUACGAUUGAAAGAGAUAUUUUUGAAGCACUUGUUCGAGUAGGAGCUAUUUCAGUGAUGAAUUCAGAUGAUCCGAAGAAGUCAUCGUUGAAUCGUGCAGCACGGACAGAUAGAGGAGUACAUGCAGCGUGUAAUCUUAUAUCUUUGAAAAUGAUUAUUGAACAACAGAAUUUGCUGGAAACAAUCAACGCAGCACUUCCAGAAAGUAUACGUAUGUGGAGCAUAACACGAACAUUAGGAUCAUUUAAUCCAAAAACGUUUUGUGAUUCAAGAAUUUAUGAAUAUUUGGUUCCAUCAUAUGUAUUUCUUCCUCCAUAUCCAAAGAGUUUUUUAGCACAACGUAUUACCAAACAUAGAGAAAUAAUAAACAAAGAAAAAAACUCUGUUUGGAUCUAUGGGAAUGAAUACAUGCUAUACUGCAAAGAUAAAAAAGAUAUAUGGGAUUUGGAGAAACAACACCAUUUAAAAAACCUUGAUAAUGAAACAUGUAUUUCAAACAAAAUUAUAAAUGAAAAUAACAAAGAACCGUUAUUUACAUCCAACCAAACUCAAGAAUCACAAGAAAAAGAAGAAGAAAGACGAAUAGAGUUAAAAAUAAAAAAAGAGUAUCGCAUAUCAGCUGAACGUCUUCAGUUAGUGCGAGAUGCUUUUAAAAUAUUUGAAGGAAGUCAUAAUUUUCAUAAUUUCACAGUAGGUAAGCCAUUUAAUGAUAAAAGCGUCUAUCGUAUGAUACGAUCGUUUACAGUCUCUGAUCCAAAAGUAAUACAGGAAAUAGAAUGGAUUUCUCUUAAGGUACAUGGUCAGUCUUUUAUGUUGCACCAAAUCCGAAAAAUGGUUGCAUUAAUUAUUCUUGUUGUUCGUUGUGGUACUCCAUUAUCUUUUAUAUCAGAAACAUUUAAGUCAACACGUUAUAACAUUCCAAAAGCUCCAAGUCUUGGAUUACUUCUAGAAAAACCAAUUUUUAGCGGUUACAACAAACGAGCAGAGAGCAUGAACAGAGAAAUUAUCGAUUCUUCUUUAUAUGAAAAAGAAAUAAAAAGAUUUAAAGAAACGUAUAUUUACGAUAAAAUAUUUUCUAAAGAAUCUAAAGAAAACAUAUAUCAUGGGUUUUUAAUUCAUAUUGAUUCAUGUACAACUAGUGAUUUCGAUUAUUUAACAUUUCCAACAAAUCAAUUAACUGAAUAUCAACAAAAAAAUGAACAUAUUUCACCUAGCAAAAUGGAAAAUCAGGAAAGCAAGAAAUAA